AACCCAGGGCUGCCCCCGCUCCUGCGCACACCGAGCAUCAGCUCACACUGCUCAGAGCACCUGGUCCAUUUUCCCCUGCUUUUGCAGCUGCUUGCUUUCCCCGAGCAUCCCUGUUAGCUCAGGGUGAGACCCUCAGCCGCUUUAAGUUACCAGCAACCCAUUGAAUUAGGUGGGUGCGGAUUAGGCUGCAAGAAGUUUGGGACUCAGCCAGUUUCCCUUUCCAGCUUCGAGUACCUCCGUCUCCAGAAUCUCAGCACAUUGCAAGCAAAAGCAUUCCCAGGGUCAUCUCAAACUGGUGCCUGUAACUUGGCUUUCAACUUCUGAGAAGGCUUUUCCAGAAACUGUUUCCCUCCUGUUGGAGGCCGGGCAGCCAGCCCACCAGAAAGGGGAACUUCGCUGACCCAGUCUGUGCCGGAGCGGGGCAUUUCACGGAAACAGAGUCGAACUGUUUCUCCAGUGGACAGGCUCCAUUUGCCUUCCUGUUUUAGCCCUGCCGGGGCCGCGUCUCAGGCUGUUUGCUUUCCCUCCGGACUCGCUUUUAUCCUCGCUGUCUCCAGAAACGUACAGCUGAAAACAUCCAUUUCCUGCAGCUUCCAAUUCCCGCCAGUCGAUAAGAGACAAGGGUUCAGCCCAGCUUCAGCUCUGGGCCUGAAGCAGGCCUGGAGUCACCAAACAGCUAAGAAUAGCCUGGUAGUGCCGGGUGAAAAGUCUGCAUGGGUUUGUGUUGGGUUUUUUUUCCAAUGUGCUGAUCUAAUAAGGAUGAGGCAAGUUUGCAGCUCUGGCCACAGUUGUGUGUGGGUUGCGUUUUUCCCCUUUUCCUUUCUUUCCCUCCGCCCCAUCCUACCAUACAACAUCUGAAACAGAGAGAUAAGAGCAGCCUGGCCGGGGCUCGGGCUGCAUUCGCAUACCCCAGACCGCGCUCCCUUGGCGCUGUGGUUUUAUCUGGAUUCUUCACCCCUGUUCGGCAGCGAAACUUAAAUUACCAUGAGGCGGAAGAGAGCAGUGCAGCUGGAUGGAAAGUGGAAGGUACGAGGGCAAGGCUGAGCAGCGCAGACUGAAGCCAGGAGCUGCUGGGUCUGCCAGCGCGUGGCACAAUCCCGGGAGGGACGGCGUGCCUGACACUCAUGGGGACACCGAAGCUGGACAAAGGGGAUGUGAGCACACUCAGCCUGCCUUCCAACGUGAGUCACGGAGAUGCCGACGGCAACAUCUGCUUGGACGUCCCGGAUGGCACCCCGGAUCCGCACAGGACGAAGGCAGCCAUCGAGCACUUGCACCAGAAGAUCCUCAAGAUCACAGAGCAGAUCAAGAUCGAGCAGGAGGCGCGAGACGACAACGUGGCUGAGUACUUGAAGCUGGCCAACAAUGCCGACAAGCAGCAGGCCUCCCGCAUCAAGCAGGUCUUUGAGAAGAAGAACCAGAAGUCCGCCCAGACCAUCGCCCAGCUGCACAAGAAGCUCGAACACUACCACAAGAAGCUAAAGGAGAUCGAGCAGAACGGGCCCUCGCGGCAGCCCAAGGAUGUCUUCCGGGACAUGCACCAGGGCCUAAAGGACGUAGGAGCCAACGUCCGGUCCAGCAUCAGCGGCUUUGGGGGUGGGGUGGUGGAAGGCGUCAAGGGCGGUCUCUCCGGUUUGUCCCAGGCCACCCACACAGCCGUGGUCUCCAAGCCCCGGGAGUUCGCCAGCCUGAUCCGGAACAAGUUCGGCAGCGCGGACAACAUUGCCCAUCUGAAGGACGCGCUGGACGACGGGCACCCCGAGGAGGCCUCGAGGACCCUGAGUGGCAGCGCCACCCUGGUGUCCAGCCCGAAGUACGGCAGUGACGACGAGUGCUCCAGUGCCACCUCGGGGUCGGCGGGGGGCAGCAACUCGGGGGCCGGACCUGGUGGACUGGGGAGCCCCAAGUCCAACACCCUUGACAGCCACCACAACAACUUUGACACCAUCCUGGAGGAGCUCCGGGAAAUAAAGGACAGUCAAUCGCACCUGGAGGACUCAAUGGAGGACCUCAAGGCACAGCUGCAGAGGGACUACACCUACAUGACGCAGUGCUUGCAAGAGGAGCGGUACAGGUACGAGCGCCUGGAGGAGCAGCUGAACGACCUGACAGAGCUCCACCAGAAUGAGAUGACCAACCUGAAGCAGGAGCUGGCCAGUAUGGAGGAGAAAGUGGCUUAUCAAUCCUAUGAAAGGGCCCGGGACAUCCAGGAAGCGGUGGAGUCCUGCCUCACCCGUGUCACUAAGCUGGAGCUCCAGCAGCAGCAGCAGCAGGUGGUGCAGCUGGAAGGGGUGGAGAACGCCAACGCCCGGGCCCUCCUGGGCAAGUUCAUCAACGUCAUCCUGGCCCUCAUGGCCGUGCUGCUCGUCUUCGUCUCCACCAUCGCCAACUUCAUCACGCCCCUCAUGAAGACCCGCAUGCGCAUCCUCAGCACGGCCCUGCUGGUCCUCUUCCUCUUCUUCCUCUGGAAGCACUGGGACUCCAUCACCUACUUCCUGGAGCACGUGUUGCUCCCCAGCUGAUUCCCCGGGCCACUGCCGGUGCCCUUGGGGCACUCCGAUUCUUACUGAGAAGGUGGGGGCAGGAGCAGAAACCUGGAGCCUUCCAUUUAAUUCCUUCAUGUGUUUGGUUCAGCUGUUUUCUCAACCCCCAGCACCCAUCUGUUCACUUCCAGCCUCCUCAGUGUCACCAGGAGCAUGGGAAGUUAGAGCCAGGAUUGCUCACUCCUGGAUGUCCCGGGAGGGAAGACGGGCAAAAGCAUAAGAGUUUGGAAGAAGCCUUUAACUUACAUGUUCUUGAGUUUGUUUGAGGGUUUUUUUUAAAUUAGUAUUAUUUAAAGUAAUUCUGUUAUUCUAAAAGUCUGCAGGAAUGAGGUUUUCUUUAUGCCCCGAAGGCAGAUGGGUCUGUAUCCACUGGGGUUUGCAAUCAAACCCAGCUUCUGGGGAUCUUUGAGAGAGAGAGGGAGAGAGAGAGAGAGAGGUUUGUUUGGUUUUUUCCUUAAAGACAGAGACAGCAAAAAAUUAUUCCUGGGAUGCAAUAAUAAAAGAGAAAACAACCACCAGAGAAAGGAAGAACCAGAGCUCAAGUGAAUGCCGUGGCUGUUUCUGCUCCCUGGAGAGCUGGCCACCGGGACAGAGCAGAAUGUAUGCAUCACACCAGCUUAUCCAAACCACACGUACGUUUACUCCUAUGGUUAUUGAACAGCUGACAGGCCGAGUGCAGAAUUGGGCAGGGGGGUAUUUAUUGGCACAAGGCUGUGUUAGCUGGCCAUUGGCUUGUGCCCAGUGGGCACAGGAUACCCGGUGCGGUUCCGGUCAGAAAGUGAGAACAGUUGUGGCACAAGUGAAACCCACUUGGCUGGCUUUCGUUUUCUUCUUCUACGGCUUUCAUUCGAUUCGAUCUCUUCAGGGACACACGGGCUUUCUGACAGUGCGCCUGCGGACUUUACAAUCUACGCAAAGUAUUGUGUGUGUGUGUGUGUGUGUGUGUGCGCGUGUGUGUGUUUUUUUUUAAGUUAUUUAUUUCGAGAUUCUGUUUCCAUUUGUGAAUCAGGCGUUGGAGGAAAACACAGCUGCCUUCACAGCCUCCAUAGCUCUCAAAAAGACAGAGCAUGUUGUCUCCAAAGUUUCUUAAAUGGGUUCACAUAUAUAUAUGGGGGUGUGUGUAUCUAUAUCUAUAUAUAUAUCUAUAUAGGUAUAUAUAUUUCUAUAUAUAGAUAUAGAUAUGUAAUUUAUAGAUAUAUAUAUAUUUAAUUUAUAUAAAUGACCAGAUCCUCUUCUAGUGCAAAGGGGGACGGCUCCAUUGACUUCCAUGGAGUGGUAUCCGUUUCCACCAGCAGACACUUUGGCCCUUUCUAUUUUUGAAACAUGAACCUUUUGGCAAUCCUGGUGGCACAUGGUAAAGGUCCAGGGAUGUGUUACAAGACCUUGAAUGUAGUCCUGGGCCCUGGGAAGGAAGCAGUCUCCUGAGACAAGGAGUCAGUCAGCCCCAUCCGGGAAAGGGGAUGUGCUUGUGCUGUCCUUCCUUUAGCUUCAACACCUGGUAGUUCACAAGGGCUAAUCAAUCCUGUCUUCUGGAUUUGCAACUGAACAUUGGGGCUGUGCUGUGUACUCACCCCCAACAUACGCCAUUAGCUUCAGGCAUGACUCCACAUCCUCAUAUUGCAGCACUUUGCAAGCUACUGCUCCCCCCGGCAAAGAUACAGGGAUCCCACGUGGAGGAUGCCGAUAGUUAUUCAAGGCACGGUGCAAGGCACAGGCAGGAAUCGUGGCUGGUCAAGGACAUACCUGCAUGUUCCAUCGGUGAGUUUUGCACGUGUAUUCACCUGGCACUUGUACCUGAAGGGGGCCGUGGUGAAGAAUAGCCUGGAUGGAGUGCAAGUCAUUCCUGUCAGUGCAGAAUAGGUGGGAAACCCAGAGGGAGGGUUGCACAGUUGCCUUGCACUGAGUGGGGUGCUCUCACGGGAUGCAGUGGCUGACCAGGCCCCAGGGUCUCCUUAGCAGACACACUCCCCUCUGGACAUGGUCACACCUCCUUUCACCUCUUCCUGUGCCAAGGAUCAAGGACAAGCUCAAACACGGGCCCCCAUGCUUGGCAUUUCAGCUGCUCAUAUCAGCACCUCCAACUAAGCGCCAGAAUCCUAAAAUAUCCAUUCGAUUUGGGCUCCCAUGGUUGAGAACAACCUGGAGCAUUUGGGUCCCUGUGGGAUUUGCAUCUCAGUUGCACCACAGUGUGUUUGGGCUUUAAUGUCUGAUGGUGAGACCUGGUCUUCAAAACUAUCUGCCAAGAGGCCUGUCUUGGGAAAGCUGUCCUGUGUUAUGCCAGCUGCCCUCUGAGCCUUCAUGGAGACUGUGCAGGGGGGUGUGAAGAACCCAACUCCCCUUUUGUACAUCUAUUUAUUUUGUAUUUUUGUAAGCAUUUCGCUGGAAUGAACAUUCCCGUUCUCACUGGGAUCUUGAAGGAAACUAGGCUUCUGGGGGGAUAGCAGGCUAACUGAUUUCACAACCGGUUUUUUGCAGUCUAAGACCUGAGGGGCAGAAAUCUGAGUACAACACUAGUCAUUCCAAAUUUUCAUUUCAGGGAAACGUCCCUACCAGGGACACAUUGGUGCAUGCUCUGCUGUAGGCCUGCGCUAAAGUCACUUUGAAGUCCAUGGGGUCUGAGGACAUGCUUCAAGCUAAGCCUGUGGUGGUGUCCUAAAUAGGGGUGGGCAUCUAUGCCUUCAUGCAUUAUGGCCUGAUUCUCUUUCCACCCACUUAAUUGGAGCUUCUCUUGUUUUGUGCCAGUGGAGCAGAGCGUGUGACCUGCUGUGUGCGGUGAGCAAGGUUUCCCCCUAUCAAAUCUCCCGUGGAAGAAGCAGAAAGGAUCAGUUCCUUUCUGCUCCUCCGUGUUGACUGAUCUGUGACCUGCUCCAUAUGCAAGUCUCAUUAACGCGGAAGGGAAGGACUUCCUUUGCUCCUUGAUCCUUCAUUUGUACUGGUGUCAAUCAGGAGUAGCCCCCUGGGAGUCCCUGGGAUCGCACAGCACCUUGUUGUUGGGAGAUGCUCUUCGCGGUCCCUGCCAGGAUGGGGGCCCCACUGCCCUGGGUGUUGUGUGGGGAGGAGGCAGGCCCUGCUCUGAAGAUGUUAAGCGUCGACAGGUAGGAAAGGCAAAAAAAUAAGUGGUAGAAGAAGCAGAGGUCAGAGAGGAGAGUGACCUGGCUCGGUCACCAGGAGGUUAGUUGCAGAGCAGGGGGUUCAAGCCAGCCUGUGGCUGCCCUCCGGUCCAUGCUGCCCCACGAGCAGCACUCGUUACAGGUACGACCCAAAGCAAGGCAGGACAGCAGUAACAAGGAGGGAGCAUUGCUUGUACAGACCCAAGGGCUAGCUCCUGAGCCAGUGCUGCGCUACAUUGCGGAUGCCAAGGUCCCCAGGAGCAAGGAGAAAAAGAGAGGCUUUGUCCCCUCCAUUAAACUUUCUCCUCCUGCCAUCAACAGCUCCCUCUAUUUCCCUGCUAUCUCAGGCCCUGUGUCUUGCUCUGACCCAAUACUAUUGCAGCCAGCAUGCUGAGGGAACACAGGGCAGUCCCCUGUACUAUGAGCCACCCUCUUGCUGCCUAAUAGGUGGGAAUCUCCUAGGACAUUUAUGUCCAUCCAGUUUUCUGCCUUGACUGUCCUUCAGCUUGCCCCUGUCAGUCAGGUCAGAGGUUUCAAGGACAGUGCAGUCACCUGGAGCCAGGGGUUUAUGGCCCAUCCAGGUGACCGGCUGCUACUAAGCAGUCCUCCCUGCCAACCAAAGGAGGACUCCAUGCCAAAGUCCGAAGCUGCCCUCCUAACCCACUUUGCCAGGAGGAGCAAAGCCCACUGUGUUCACAGCAUGGCUUCUGCAGGACCUUAACUCACAGCCCCAGGUCAGCCUUAGCAGAAACAGGAUCAGGGGAGCUUUCCUCGCAUGCAUUUUAAUAGCUGGUUGCUUCACCAGACAGAUCUGGUUUCAGUCAUGCUGAGCACAGGUUAGAUUGCUGGCGGGGGUGCCUCCAAUGUGGCAUCUGUCCUCUGCAGCAUGAGAGGCAGAGUUGGAGCUGGGAGCGAAGUUUCAGACCCGAGGGGGAGGGCAUUUGGACGGAGAAAUGUAGCAGGUGUAAGGACGUCAGAGCUGCAGGGGCUGAGUCCCCUGUGUCAUGGAUGUUGUUUCUUCAUUGAUACCCCUGCAGAGUGCACGACGCAUUGUUCAACCAGAGCAGGAGUGUUUCACACCAGUUGGCACCAGGGUAAGUUGGCACAAGUGCAAGGCAAGGAGAGUGUCUGGCUUGUGCAUUGGAUGGCUGGGGCUUUAGGGGCGGUGUCUCCUCUCACACCACCGUGGUCCUCUGACUACUCCUGAUUCACACCACUUUGAAAUACGACUCAGGUGCUAUAGAGCCCUUGCUGGAGGCACAGGCACUUGCUGAUGCUGGUUCUUCCCAUCCUUGUUUCAGGGACACACUAAGGAUGGGGGAGAUCUGGGUAGCGAGACUAGGAGGGUGCUGACCAAGGCAUACUAUUGAUCAGCUGCCGUCUCAUGUCCUGUGUUGUGACCUCCCUUUCUCCAGCUCUACACAAUGACAAGACAGGUGUUAAUUCUCGUGCUUAGGGCUUAUUGUUGUGUUUCGAUACCACCCAGCCGCUACCAGAAACCCAUUACGCUAAGCACUGUGCACAUGUGCACAGCGAGAGACUGUCCCAGCCUCAAAGAGGAAGGGUGGACAGGGCACAGAGAGAAGGGUCUUGCCCAGGUCACGCUGUAGGUCCAAGGCAGAUGCGUACCACUGAAUAUCCAAGGCCUAUUUGACUUGACUCUGUUCUCCAAGAGCUACAGUGACCAGUCAAGGUGGGGAGGCAGCUUAUUGUAAGGGAAAACGAGCAGAGGACUCCAGCAAUGUAAAGAAGGGUUUAAUGAGCAGUUUAGAUUCAAGUGUGCGUGCUUGUUCUUCAAAGACUAUCGCCCUGAUCCUGCACACAGACAUGUUACUCGUGGGAGUAAUUCCCAGUGGCAUCGCUGGGACUGCUUACAUGAGUCAAACUAGGCACAUGCAUAAUUAGCUGCAGGAUUGGAGCUUAAGACUCCCAAAAUAUUCUGUCUCAGUGGAGCAUCAAAGGGACUGUCUUGGGGAGAAGGAGAUGCGUUUAGCCUUUGUUUUGAGUUUUGCAGAACCUGUUCCUGUGAUCUUCUUUUCCAUUUCAACAGCAAGAACAAAUCUCUGUUAAAGUCUUAACUUUUCCUGCAGUGCUUGCAACCCAGACUCUGCGCCAGGAAGUGAAGCCGACUAGGGAAAAAAGGAGAAACCGAUCAGUCUUUUUCCAUUGUCCAAGAUGAAUCGUGUGAAAACAAGAAUAAACGGUGCAAAAGGCAAAAAAAGCA